AUGAAGGAAAAUACGAGAAACCCUCUUCAUCUAAAGUCGUUGAAUCACAUAUCUCUUCUAUGUCGAUCCGUGGAGGAAUCAAUGAGCUUUUACCAGAACGUUUUAGGGUUUCUUCCCAUUCGUAGACCAGGCUCUUUUGAUUUCGAUGGCGCUUGGUUGUUUGGUCAUGGAAUUGGGAUUCAUCUUCUUCAAUCUCCAGAACCUGAGAAAUUACUCAAGAAAACAGAGAUUAAUCCCAAGGAUAAUCACAUUUCUUUCCAGUGUGAGAGCAUGGAAGCAGUGGAGAAGAAGCUCAAGGAAAUGGAGAUUGAGUAUGUAAGAGCAGCAGUUGAAGAAGGAGGAAUCCAAGUGGACCAAAUCUUCUUCCACGAUCCUGAUGGAUUCAUGAUCGAGAUAUGCAAUUGCGAUAGCCUCCCCGUUAUCCCACUCGCAGGAGAGAUGGCUCGGGAUGAUGCUAUCGGCCUCAAGAAGAAGUUGUCGCCGGAAGUUUUGGAUGAAAGCUUCUGCGCAUUUGUCGACAUCAUGAACCAUCGUGGACUUGCUUUCGAGCUUAUUGCCAUUCGAAGGAAUUGUCACCGAUCUUCUCUUCUCUGUGAGAAUCAUCUUGGAGUUGGUGCCAGGAAGUUGUUGUAG